AUGGCUUCAGCCCUGGCGCCCGAUCCCCCCACGACACAGGCCCUGGCACCCGACCGCCCCUCGACACAGGCCCCGGCACCCGACCGCCCCACGACACAGGCCCCGGCACCCGAACGCCCCACGACACAGGCCCCGGCCCCCGACCGCCCCUCGACACAGGCCCCGGCCCCCGACCGCCCCUCGACACAGGCCCCGGCCCAUGACCGCCCCUCGACACAGGCCCCGGCCCGCCCCUCGACACAGCCCCGGCCCCCGACCGCCCCUCGACGCGACACUGGCACCCGACAACCCAUAGACGCGACACUGGCACCCGACAACCCCUCGACGCGGCACUGGCACCCGACAACCCCUCGACGCGGCACUGGCACCCGACAACCCCUCGACGCGACACUGGCACCCGACAACCCCUCGACGCGACACUGGCACCCGACAACCCCUCGACGCGACACUGGCACCCGACAACCCCUCGACGCGACACUGGCACCCGACAACCCCUCGACGCGACACUGGCACCCGACAACCCCUCGACGCGACACUGGCACCCGACAACCCCUCGACGCGACACUGGCACCCGACAACCCCUCGACGCGACACUGGCACCCGACAACCCCUCGACGCGACACUGGCACCCGACAACCCCUCGACGCGACACUGGCACCCGACAACCCCUCGACGCGACACUGGCACCCGACAACCCCUCGACGCGACACUGGCACCCGACAACCCCUCGACGCGACACUGGCACCCGACAACCCCUCGACGCGACACUGGCACCCGACAACCCCUCGACGCGACACUGGCACCCGACAACCCCUCGACGCGACACUGGCACCCGACAACCCCUCGACGCGACACUGGCACCCGACAACCCCUCGACGCGACACUGGCACCCGACAACCCCUCGACGCGACACUGGCACCCGACAACCCCUCGACGCGACACUGGCACCCGACAACCCCUCGACGCGACACUGGCACCCGACAACCCCUCGACGCGACACUGGCACCCGACAACCCCUCGACGCGACACUGGCACCCGACAACCCCUCGACGCGACACUGGCACCCGACAACCCCUCGACGCGACACUGGCACCCGACAACCCCUCGACGCGACACUGGCACCCGACAACCCCUCGACGCGACACUGGCACCCGACAACCCCUCGACGCGACACUGGCACCCGACAACCCCUCGACGCGACACUGGCACCCGACAACCCCUCGACGCGACACUGGCACCCGACAACCCCUCGACGCGACACUGGCACCCGACAACCCCUCGACGCGACACUGGCACCCGACAACCCCUCGACGCGACACUGGCACCCGACAACCCCUCGACACGACACUGGCACCCGACAACCCCUCGACACGACACUGGCACCCGACAACCCCUCGACACGACACUGGCACCCGACAACCCCUCGACACGACACUGGCACCCGACAACCCCUCGACACGACACUGGCACCCGACAACCCCUCGACACGACACUGGCACCCGACAACCCCUCGACACGACACUGGCACCCGACAACCCCUCGACACGACACUGGCACCCGACAACCCCUCGACACGACACUGGCACCCGACAACCCCUCGACACGACACUGGCACCCGACAACCCCUCGACACGACACUGGCACCCGACAACCCCUCGACACGACACUGGCACCCGACAACCCCUCGACACGACACUGGCACCCGACAACCCCUCGACACGACACUGGCACCCGACAACCCCUCGACACGACACUGGCACCCGACAACCCCUCGACACGACACAGGCACCCGACAACCCCUCGACACAACACUGGCACCCGACAACCCCUCGACACAACACUGGCACCCGACAACCCCUCAACACAACACUGGCACCCGACAACCCCUCGACACAACACUGGUACCCGACAACCCUUCAACACAACACUGGCACCCGACAACCCCUCAACACAACACUGGCACCCAACAACCCCUCGACACAACACUGGUACCCGACAACCCCCCGACACAACACUGGCACCCGACAACCCCUCGACACAACACUGGCACCCGACAACCCUUCAACACAACACUGGCACCCGACAACCCCUCGACACAACACUGGUUUUAGACUCUACUCAACGGCCGAGUACAAGUUUCAAACCCUAUUCAACGGCCGAGUACAGGUUUUUGACCCUACUCGACGGCCGAGUAUAGGUUUUAGACCCUUCUGGAUGGAUAACAAUAUGAGAACUGAAAGACACAAGACAUGCAAUGUCAACGAAAUCACAUUCACUGAGGAUUCUGUUGAGGAACUUACAAUGACUUACACCUCAAAGGAACAGUGGAAAAGCAAACUUAUGGAUCCUGAAAACGAGUAA